CUCUUUUUCUUCUUCUCACUCUGUAUUUUACAACCUUUCAAUGGCUGCUGAUGUCAUGAGCUAUAGAGAUCUGAUCGUCGAGCGUCUAAUAGCCCGUAAUGAAAAAGAACAUGCUCUUCAUGACACAAUCUUUGCAAACCAAAAACUUGUACAAAAAGUCAUUACGCUUCAGAACAAAGAAAAACAGCUCGAAGUUGCCGUGAAAACUGCUCAGUUACAAAACGAGACAUUGUCCCAAGCUGCAGAAUAUGCUAAAGCCCAAGGCUCACCAGAGCAUCAACAGCGGGUCGCCGAGUUGGAUCGACGGAUACAUGAUCUGAACGAGGAGCGUGCGGAAAUGUACAAAACACAGAGUGAAAAUGCGCAGCGUUUGGUUCACAUGAACGAGCAGCUGCGCAAGGUUACGGAAACUGAGAAGCGUGAUUCGGCAGAGAUAAAUAAGUUGACGGCUAGCGUCAAGCAACUCGGCACUAAGUGUGAUCUGCAAGUCGAACAGUUACGGGAAAAGGAUGCAGCAAUCCAAAUUUUACAAGACGAAUUGGCUGCAAUUCAACUGGAGAUUACAACAAUUGAGGAACGUAACAAAAAGUUAGAAAAGGAAAACGCACAGUUACUCCAACGAUGGCUGGAUAAAAUGAAUCAAGAAGCCGAAAAGAUGAAUGAGGCAACUGAGUUUUAUGAGAGCUUUCUUGAACAAGCACGAAAUGUGGGACAAACGAUCCGGAAAACAAGCACUGGAAAAUGGGUUAUGCGGCCAUCAUCAUCAACUGAGCGAAGCAAAAGUGACCGCCGUGCUCGUGCAGCCACUGUCGUAUUGCCUACUGCUCCUAUUAAAAAAAUGACAGUGCAUGAUGGUGAAAUCUUCUGUAUAAAAGCUUCUUCAGCUGGGAAUAUGUUUGCCACAGGUGGAUCUGAUAAAAAGCUAAAAGUAUACGAUGCAAAAUCUGGCAACGUAACCAUGACGCUGGGUGGAUCUUUGCAGUCUAUAACAUCCGUUUGCUUCAACCCAACCGAUGAACUUGUCCUUGGGUCAUCAACUGACAACUCCACACGUAUAUGGCAAUUAAGCACACAGCGAAUUCGACACACAUUAACAGGUCAUAUCGGUAAAGUUUUUGCUGCCCAAUUUACAGCAGAUUCCAAGCGAGUGGUAUCUGGAAGUCAUGAUCGAACACUCAAGGUUUGGGACCUACAGAGAGGCUAUUGCAUCCGUACGAUAUUCACAUUUUCAAGCUGCAAUGAUUUGACACUUGCAGAUGUGGAGGGACAAACACUUGUCAGUGGCCACUUGGAUAACAAUAUCAGAUUAUGGGAUACACGAACAGGCAACGGAAUCAAGGAAUUAACAGGUGUUCACAGUGGCCAAGUUACUUCUGUAUCUGUGUCACCCGGUGGUGAUACGCUGUUGACUAAUUCAAGAGAUAACACGCUGAAACUGAUCGAUUUACGCAUGUAUGACAUUGUGGCAACAUUCCAAGCCCCAACGUAUCGAAACGGGGCCAAUUGGUCGCGAUCGUGCUUCAGCCCUGAUGGAUCUUACAUUGCUGCUGGAUCAUCCGAUGGCACACUGCAUAUCUGGAACCAAUUGACACGUAAUCUGGAAAAAACUAUCAAAGAACACAGGGGAGUCAUGUGUGGAGUUUCAUGGAGUCCUAUGGGCGAUUACUUGUACACUGCCGAAACAAACAAGAAUGUGUGCAUAUACAACACAGCGUUCACGGUGUGAUUGGUAUAACUCUUCAUCAUUCGAUGGUGUUUCAAUAUACAAUAACCGUGCAGAAUUUAGUUUAACGUAUCGUCCCACAUCACCACGAUCAUAUCACUUUUCCCAGCUUUGGAUAUAAUAUAUACCUCACGCAAAUAGUCUAAAUGACGUGCGUGUAAUGCAGCUUGUGUCUGUAACAAAAUACAAUUAUUAAUGAGUUGACAUGUUUGAUCAAUUACGUCCGCUUCGUAGCCAAUAAAGAAACACUUACGGGGAACACUUCGCUCUGUUGCC